AUGACAUCAAGAAAACUAAGUGAGUGUCGAAAUUUAGGAUACGACGUAAUUUGUGACAUACGUAAAGGAAAAAUAGAUAAAGCCAGAGCAGUUAUAGAAAAGCAUGGCUUAAGAUACUUUAAAUUGUGGUUACAAGGUUAUGUUCUCCUCUGUGAAGCUCUCAAGAAACAGCACGAAAAAUUAGCAGAGUACGCCGAUACUCCGUUGCACUUAGCAGCUUCAAAUGGGUACGAGGGGAUCGUCAAGACUUUACUUGAUCGUGGUGCGGAUAUCAAUGCUUUGAACUCUCAAGGUAGAACUCCAUUUGACCUUGCCGCUGAUUCUGAGCACUUUUCCAUCGUCGAGUUAAUUUUACUCCAGGAAAAUGUCGAUCUGUCAUCUUCAAAAUGGCUCAAUUAUCCACUGCUGCACAGCGCAGCUAAAUCCAGCGUGAUUAUUGUCCAGAAUUUGCUGGAUAAAGGUCUGGAAGUCGAUUUUGUUAAAGAUGGAUUGACUCCACUGCAUCGGGCAGCGUUCAGUAGCUGCUUGCCCGUCGUUAAGUGCCUUGUAGAACAUAAAGCUGCUGUAAACGCGGUUUCCAGUGCUAAAAGUUAUCUUGGGUUCACGGUGCUUCAUUUUGCAGCGAUGAAACUUAAUGCUGAGGUAGUUGAGUUUCUUUUGGAAAAGGGCUCUUCCAUUAAUACCACUAACAAAGAUGGAGCAACGCCACUUAAUCUUGCUUUACUCACAGCUGAUGAAGAAGUUAUCAAUGUCUUCUUAAGACAUGGUAUUGAUAUAAACACAGUCAUGCAAAGUGGAUUAACCCCUUUGCAAUACGCAAUCAAGCAUAAUAAAGAAUCAAUGGUUCUCAUUCUGUUGAAACAUGGGGCUGAUACCAAGGUUUUAGAUAAAAGUGGCCGCAGUAUUUUAAAUUUUGUUUUAUCAUACGAUGUAUCAUCUUUAAUCAUUUGGGAAAACCUCGUGAAAUAUGGAGCAAAUGUCAAUGCAUUAGAUAAAUUCACACGGGAGUCAAAAGAGUCUUUACUUCAUCUGGCAAUCAAUCACGGGAGUCCUAGAAUGUUAGGGAUCAUCGAAUUUUUAAUCAAACAUGGUGCUAACGUCGAUGCUGUUGACGCUACUGGCGCUACGCCGAUAUUUUGCUCUAUCAAAAAAAAUCGGUUCGCUAGAACAGGCUCUGAAUCUGCAGUAUUACUUCUAAAAGCCGGUGCUAAUGUUAAUGCAAAGAAUCUGAAAGGUGAAACUCCGCUUCACGUGGCCUGCGAACUUGGUAACGCCCGCAAUUUUAAAAUUCUGUUAAAAUAUGGUGCUGAUAUCAAUUUGCGGUGUUUAAAUGAUAUGCUGCCUAUAAAAAAAUUAACUUCCAUAGGACCACCUGAUGCAGUUGAAAUAGUGAACUUAACUUUUAUACGAGUUAUUUCUUUGCAUUUAGCCGGACUAUAUUUUGAUAAAUACUUCCAUUUUGAAUUAACUUGCUUCAACUGUUCCGCCUGUCGGGCAAAGGCUAUUACACCCGAUAUUAUAGCCCAUGUUAUGAAGAAAGAGUGUAAAGAACACGAGUAUCUAAUGAAUAAUAAAUCAAAGCAAAAGAAUAAUGAUCGCAUUGAUAUUAAUGACGCAUCAAGUGCUGACUGGUUUGAUCACCCAUCAAUAAACAAGGACAUCCGCUGA